AUAAGAUGUUUACUAUUCGACUUUAUUGAAAUUUUUUGUAAGUCGAGGACGCGACAUUAUUAAGCCUUGGUGCUCAAGAAAUGAACUUUCAUGCGAUUUGGCUCACGUAGGUACGCUAUUGGCAGUGCUUCCUGCUAAAUCCAAUUAUUUUGCAUUCGCAUCGCAAGCCAGUUUCUUUGGAUCAGACUUUAAACCGUUCACAAAGAAGAAGCGUUGCCUGUGUAUGGAAGAAUUUCAAAUUCUUUGAGCUCGAUUGGGGUUUUUGUGCAUCAUUAUAGGCAUCGAUCUAUUUGAAAUUUAUGAAAAAUUAUACGUUUGUUGUGAAAUUGAGCCAUUCGAAACCAAGACCUGUAAUGGACGACGUCUCAGUGGAUCCGUUGGCCGAUUAUUUCAAAUCAUGGGGUCUGGAAAUGUACAUCAACUUGUUUAAAGAACAAGCAAUUGAUUCUGAAACUCUCCAGAUGUUAUCACAGGAUGAUAUUAAGGAAUUAAUACAGAUUACAUCUGACCCAGAGCAUAGUAAUGAGGUAUCUGUACCGAGAACCAGUGAUCUGCCUGUUUUAGAAGAUUCAGCCCUACAACUGCUUGAUUUAGCUGAACCAAACUCUAAUAUAGAGAAUGAGGAACCUCUUGGCAGUUCUAAUACAUGUUGUGCGAUUGAGCGCGCUGAAAAGAUGUUGGAAAGAAAAGGGAAAAACAGCGCGAUCGCUCUCAUCCGUCCCGCAAUCACGCGUUACAAGGCAGAUCUAAGAAAGAUAGGCAUAAGACAAAAAGAUACGUGCACUUAAACAAAUUACAAAAUAAAUAAAAAAUGAGAAUUAACUGAUGUUAAAUUAGCUUUAAAUAUAUUAGAAAACAAAUCGUUAGGUCUCGAGUAUUAAGUUUAUAUGUACUUAGAACUUAGCAAGAAAUUACUAGAGAAUGUCUGUCAUUACAAUGUUAUUGUGGAAUAUUUCAUAGUACUUUAAGGCUUAUCGCAAUCAAUAAUUUCUUACCUGUUUUAUUUUCACGCCACACGU